CGUAGAUGUUGCUGUGGAAACCCGACUCAUGCUCCUGUCUGUUUUGUCGCUUUUCCUGUGCAGAGAAUGAAUACUUCAGCUUCACCAAACAUAUCAACCAGGAAAAGGAAAAUAAACUGCUAAUAUCAGCAUACAUUUUAAUCGUCGUUGGUUUUGUGACUUCAAACGUUUUUCCCAACCUCUGAGCGCGAUGGGGCCAUCAGGGGACGAAAUUAACCCAGAAUAUAAAGAGCUGGUCGCAGUCACGCGAGAAGAAUCGGAACAAAAGAUCCACGACGUGCUGUCAAAAUUAAAAGAUCUUCUAGGCAGAAAGUCGUUGGGAGAUCAGAGGGAACUGGAGGCGUGUAAACAGAGUCUUUACUCAUAUGGUGUGCUGCAGUACUGCUCAUCUACCCUGAGACUGAGUCCAGCCAGGAUUGAACAGGGCUAUGCAGUCCAGACACAGAUGGCAGACAUUCUCAGCAUGUGCUGUGUGGGUCUUGGCACUUUCAGAGGCAUGGACGUGUUCACUCAAGAAUUUUUGCCAUCCAUGGUUGAAAAUCUUCUUUUUCUUGCAGACCGUCUAAUGAACAGAGCUCUGAGGGACAAGGCACAAAAUGAGAUGAUUCGUUUGUUUAGAAAAGUCUUUGAUUCCAUUGGCUGGCUCCUCAGGGCUCAUAGACAUCUUAUUCAUCAUGUAUUGAGGUCUAAACAUUUUGAGAGUGUCCAAAUGUGUGAAGACGAUGACGUUGCCUUUGUUACUAUAAAAAUGUGGAACGAUAUUUUCAGGGCAAACAGUGCUGUUUUAGCUGAUAUGGGCAACAGAGCUCUUACUGGCAUUGCAGAUGAUAUUGUAUAUAAAAUGUCCAGUAGCUCAAAUCCUGUAAUUGGCAGAGCAGCUGUGAAGACCCUCAUACUGAUUAUGGACAACAGCAACUCAACCCAUCAGCUCAUUUACAAACGAUACAGAGGUUUGGAUGAUUUGGCUUUGAAAGAUUGGCGUGGUAAAGGCUUUGAUGCUGCACUGGAUCAAUUUAUUGACCGACUGCGGUCAGAUGUCCCAUGGAGAGACACUGAGCAUGAUGUUAAGGAGUCCUCUGAGGAGCAAGUGAGAGCAGCAUGUGUAAUCCAGGCCACCUGGAGAGCCCAUCAGACCAGAAAAAGACUUAAGAAACUGCCCAGAGCUGUCAGCACAUUACAACGCAGCUUCAGGGAAAAGCGGAGGCGUCAACAGGAACAUGCUGAGCGACAACAUGCAGAAGAGGAGUUACGUCAUCAAGUGUGUCUGCGAAGACAGAGAGCCAUGAGACAGUUCCGCCAGCGCCAGCUUCAUCUGAUGGAAAUACUACCAGCUGCCCACGUGGAGAGAUACAUGGGGGAGCUGGAGAAGAAGGCAGCCGUGCUGAUUCAGAGAGUGUGGAGAGGACACAGUGAGAGACGAAACUUCCAGCAACGCAAAUACAUUCUAAAACAACACAAAGCUGCUGUCACUCUGCAGAGAGCUAUUCUGCGGUUUCUAAAACGUCGUAAAGCGCAAAGGGUUAUUCUGACACCAUUCAAGGGACCCAAAGGACUGACUGACAGUAGGAGGACGGAGCUCAGGAGACAGAUAGAGGAGCACAUCUCUCUACAUCCUUCAUCUGUGAUGUCAGCAGAGGGCAGUAUGGAGCUCCAUCAGAGAGCUCAGAGUCUCCUACACCAGCACCUGGUCAACAGAGCAUCUGAUCGAGCACAGGAGCAGCACAGACAGGCUCUUCUCGCACAGAUCAACACAGACAUCGAGCUUUUACUAAAUGCCCCAUCCCUGAAGGAUGCCAGAGCGGAAGAUGUUUUCCUGUUCCUGAGCCGUUCUGUCCCUGUGGCUACACGCGCCCGCCAGUCACACACUGCUUUGAUCCAGAGCAUGCGUCUCCCGUGGUGGAGGAUGCUGGGAGAGGAGUUCUCCAGCCCAGAGGACACUCCCAGGAAAGACUAUGAUAUGGACAUUGAGUCACUGUAUCUGGGCGGUAGCUAAAUGAUGUUGAAAAAUUAACAGAUGUUUACAACAUAUUUUUAUGACACUAGUGGUCAAACUUUAUUGGUAAUAUAGCUCUAAUAUUAUAUCGGUAUACUUGACAAUGGUACAUUUGAACUGUUGCGAGUUUUUAAAGGGAUAGUUCACCCAAAACUGAAAAUUCUCUCAUGAUUUACUCACCCUCCUGGCAUUGCAGAUGUGUAUGACUUUC